CCAAACUGGAGAAUGCAAACUGCACUACCACCCGCCGCCUCGAUGGCCCAAGGUGCUGCGGCUGCCGACAACACUGCCGUGACGAACGCUGUCGUGGCGUUCCUAGAGGUCGUGGCCUCCAUCUUGCGUAUGCAGCACACUGGCGCCGCGCUGUCCCGUUGCCUCCAUACGGCAGCAGUGGCCAUUGAAAGCCCAGUGGUUAUCAAAGCCCUACAACGAAUCCUUCGCGCCGCCGCGUCUGCCUGCGAGUCGGCGACCGUGAUCGACUCGAUCGCAACCUCACUCGAAGCUGCAUCCACCACGCUCAAGAACGAAAGCAGUACGAUCGAAGCAUGCGUGCAACUCGUGCUCUCUUGGUGUACACUCCUCCUUACGUGGGUGCAUUCGUUCAUGGAGCAGGAGCAAAUGACGGCACUGCUUGACGCGUUCGCCCCCGUUGCGUCCAACCUGCGCCACGUCGUCAACUACACCAUGUCGUGUCCAAUCGUAGCUUACGUUGCUGGCCAAGUGCGCACCCACGCGUCGAUCCAUUUGACGUCCGAGCGGUUGUUUGCCGUACUCCAAACUUCGCAUUCAGCGCUCACGAAGGCGCACGCCAUGACGUCGGUUGCGUGGUCUUACGUGCUCCAGAAGACGACGACCCCACCAGCGAUCCUGCCUGCGCGCCACCACGUUCAUCGCCACCUGCUGAAACGAUGCAGCACGACCCACCAGUCGGCGUUUACGGCAGAAACCAUGGAAUACAUGCUGUCCAUGCACGAAACCGUGCAGGUGGCGCUUUUGGAUUUGGCCAUCGAACAGGCCGGCCGUGUCCAAGAGCUCGAAGUAGAGCUGCGCGAUGCAAACGCUUACGCGACGGAAUUGGCAGAAGCGCUCGCAAAGGGCUCUAUCGCCAAGCCCCGCCCAAGCGGAUGCCCACUCCACACCCAACGGAUUCGAGACCUCGAAGCCGAGUUGGCGACCACGACUGCUUUUGCAAAUGAACUCGCCGAAGCCAUCGCACGAGGCCCAGCGAAAACGCCGUCCCAACUCGACCCAUUUCAAGACGUUGCCAUCUCAGAGAGCUUUGGCCUAAACGACACCUCGUGACAUGGGGCAUCAAUGCACGACAGUAUUUAACACCGCCGUUGGUUGGGCCCGUUAGUAUUCGGCAUGGCGAUUAACUACAUUCAUGUUCAUACAAGCGACAUUCCAAG